AUGAGGCCAUUGUUCUUUACUCAAUUGCAAAUUUUAUCUAUUAUUUUCUCUAUCUAUACCACAUCUCUUGGCAAACUAAUCAACUCUUUCGGAUUUCAGUACCAUCUGUAUGCGGAUGAUACUCAAAUCUACCUAUCCUCCCCUGAUUUGUCACCAUCUGUAUUGGGCCGUGUCACUGAAUGCCUUUCUGCCAUCUCAUCUUGUAUGACAUCUCGCCACCUCAAACUUAAUAUUUCCAAAACAGAAUUAAUUAUAUAUCCACCGGCCAAUAUUAGUUUCCAACCUGAUAUCUCUAUCACUGUUGAGAACUCUGCAAUCACCCCUACCCCACAAGCUCGCUGCCUAGGUGUCAUUCUUGACUCUGAACUGUCCUUUGUUACCCACAUUCAAUCUGUCUCAAGAUCAUGUUACAUACAUCUAAGAAACAUAUCCAAAAUACGCCCUUAUCUUACACAAGACACAGUAAAAACUCUAAUCCAUGCUCUCAUUAUCUCCCGCAUUGAUUAUUGUAAUAGUCUCCUGACCGGUCUUCCCAAACAUAGGCUCUCACCACUACAAUCCAUUUUGAAUGCAGCUGCGAGGCUAAUCUUCCUUGCCAGACGUUCAUCGUCUGCAGAUCCGCUCUGUCAGUCCCUCCAUUGGUUACCGGUAUUCUACCGUAUUAAAUAUAAAAUACUUUUACUCACAUACAAGGCUAUUAACCAAACUGCACCAACAUACAUCUCUUCACUCAUCUCAAAAUAUCUCCCUACCCGACCUAUCCGCUCUGCACAAGAUCUACGUCUCUCAUCCACACGCAUUACUUGUUCACACUCAAAAUUACAGGACUUUAUCCGGGCUUCACCCACUCUGUGGAAUGCCCUCCCACGCACAGUAAGACUCGCCUCUAGUCUCCAAACCUUUAAACGUUCCCUGAAAACUGACCUCUUCAGACAAGCCUAUCAAAUUCCAGACUCACCCACAUAACCUUCAGUGCUUCCCUAUCUAAUUACAUCCUCUGUAGAGUAUUCAUAACAUCACAUAUCUUGUCUUUCUUUAGUCUCACACCCUCCUGACACUUGGAUAACUUUGUGGGGUAUCAUCAUACAACCCAUUAAGAACCUAGCAAUCUGGUGGACCAUUAUGCAAUAGUUAGCAUCAAUCCUUGUGUAUCUAUGCCUGUUUCCCUAUAGAUUGUAAGCUUGCGAGCAGGGCCUUCCUACCUCUGUCUGUCUGUUUUUACCCAGUUUUGUUCUAUUACUGUUGUUCUAAUUGUAAAGCGCAACGGAAUAUGCUGCGCUAUAUAAGAAACUGUUAAUAAAUAAAUAAUAAAUCUCCAAUGUACUUUUCCUCUGCUGUUGAAAUUAUCACUUAUUUGUUCUGACUUGACCCUAUAAAUGCUCUUUUCUGUAAGCAUUCUCCUGGGUAGCGUCUAGUUUACCUUCGUGGAGAGGACCUUUCCCAUAACCCCCUGGGUCCAUGUCACAAUCUGUUUGGAAUAGUAAAGUGUGGCAAGCGGAGCGAGACACCGAGCCCGAAGCGUGGCGAGCGAAGCGAGCUCGCGAGGGUCCAAUGCUGCAUAGAAUUUUUUUUUACCCCAAACGAACGGAGACCGAAGAAAACAUUUAGGAGCUGUAAGGGCAGAAGUGCUCUCCUGCCUUCUCGUUUUGUUACUUCCAGGUACUGAGCACGAAGGUAACAUAGACACAACCAUUCUCCUGAGGCAUUUUCUUCAGGUUGUUGUCAAUCUGGGAAUUAACUGGUUUACUAUUUGUGUAGUGUUUGCAUAAUUGAUCUCCAGUGAACUUGCUGAAGGUUGAAUUCUGUCUCUCUGUAUAGAACGUGUUGUGGCAAAAAAAGGCCAUGUGUAGUGCUGUAACCAUUGUAAUC